UUAUAUUGCUUUACACACAUACACAAACCUGUCACGUCUACAUUCUGUCGUAAAAAGGAAAGAAAAAAAUGGUUUUCACGUGUAUCCCCCAAACAGAGGCAGCUGUUGUGCUUCCGCUAUGGCAGAGCACAUUAAAACAUUAUGGGGAAAGGCAUUCUGGAGGUAAAUCUCGCCUGUGACAGUCGGCCAGGGAAGAGUUAAAGGGAGGGGACGCGGACUGUGACACGCCUCAUUGGGCAGAUUAUGUGCAGCAAACAAAAAGUGUGUAUGCGGGCGCCAGUCAGCCAGUGCCGCGGCCCCAUCUGCGUGCCCCUCUCGCUCUCUCCUUCUCUCUCUCUCACUCACUCUCUCUGUCUCUCUAAUCGCGAUUCACAGGGCGACCGACAGCACUGUCACUUUCAGCAGGCGCAGGGACAUGUACUGACGGCACGGGCUUCAAGGGAGACACCGAGCGAGUUCGCUUUGGAAGAGAGCUUUAAUUUUUUUUCCCUUCCAUUUUUCCUCCAGCCUUCGAGCUGAACUUUGUGGAUUACUAUUAUUUUUCAAUUUAGCGAAAAGCCAACCAUGGAGGAGUCGAGCUCCCAGAAGCUGGUGUGGGACAGCGACGCCAAGGCGGUGCAGCAGUGCCUCACGGACAUAUUCACCAGCGUCUUCACCACGUGCGACAUUCCGGAGAGUGCCAUCUUUGGACCCUGCAUCCUCAGCCACACGUCCCUGUACGACAGCAUCGCCUUCAUCGCCCUCAAGUCCACCGACAAGCGCACCGCGCCAUACAUAUUCAGGGUGGACACAUCCGCCGCCAACAGCACCUCAGAUGGCCUGAUGUGGCUGCGGCUGGUCCAGUCGGCCCGGGACCGCGAGGAGCAGAACCUGGAGGCUUACGUGAAGAACGGCCAGUUGUUCUACCGCUCGCUGCGCCGUAUAGAGAAGGACGAGGAGCUGCUGGUGUGGUACGGCAAGGACCUGAUCGAGCUCCUGCUCCUCAGCGCAAGCAGAGCUCCCGCCAAGACCAAAGGUUCUCCUCCAUACCUGUGUCCCGACUGUAGCCAGCGGUUCCAGUUUGAGUUUCCAUACCUGGCCCACCAUCGGUUCCGCUGCACCAAGAGACUUCAGAGCCUGAACGGGUCCGAAGAGGAACCCAAGGACAGCAGUGAGCAGUCGGGCCCCACCCUGGCCCGCACCAGCCCUAAACUGGGCCGACCCGAUGGCUUCCCCAGCCCCCCGGAGGCCGGCAAGCCCGCCACAGACUUCCACAACCUGGCCCGGGACCUGGAGAACAACAGAACCAGCCCGCCCAGCGACAAGGAGGCGGAGAUCUCCAGCGAGAGCUCGACCAAGAGGAAGUUCUCUGACAUGGAGGAGAAUGUGGGCCCGUUGAACAUCAGCAGGAGUAGUGGGCUCUGUCUGCCCAUGAAGUCCAAAGAGGAGCUGGCCACAUCGGCGCGCGAGUACCGGGGAGCGUACGGGCUGGAGGAGAACCGACGCGCGUUCUCCCGGCCGGGGUCCGAUCAGCCGGGCGAGGGCAAACGAAGCGCCUUCACGGAGGUGCGCAAGUCCCCUCAGAGCCUGAAGCACGGCACCGGCAGCAGCACCAAGAGCUCUGGUUCCUCCUCCUCCUCCUCCAACGCUGAGAACAAGGAGUCCACCCGGCCUGGCGCCAGCCCCUCGGAGAAGCACUCUCUGGGAGCACGGCAGGUGCUGGGCGAGACGCAGUCACCGCCGCAGUCGCGCAUGGACCCUCCACCGCCUCCGUCGCCGCACCUGGCCAGCGCCUUCACCUCCGUGGCCCAGCAGGUGGGCGGCGGUGGGCCUGAGAGGAAGAGUGCCUUCAGCCAGCCCUCCCGCUCCUCUGUGUCCGCCUUCCCCCAGCUCUCCCCACUCGUCAUGGCGCCCAAGCUCCUGGACUGCCACCCUACCGUAGGCGACACCGUGUCCUCCAGCAGACUCUAUCAGGCCGACCACCUGGCCGCCAAGCUGCAGGGCUCGGAGCUGGGGGGCGCGUGCCCCGUGCCGGGCAGCCUGGCCAAGCAGAGCCCCUUCCUGUACGCGGCGGCGGCCGCCACGGCCUUCUGGCCCAAGAGCUCGGCCCCCAUCCAGCUGCAGGUCCCGUCGGCGCUGACGCUGCUGCCACCCUCCUUCACCUCGCUGUGCCUGCCUGCACAGAACUGGUGCGCCAAGUGCAACGCCUCCUUCCGCAUGACCUCCGACCUCGUCUACCACAUGCGCUCGCACCACAAGAAGGAGUUUGCCAUGGAGCCGAUGGUCAAGCGGCGACGCGAGGAGAAGCUCAAGUGCCCCAUCUGCAACGAGACCUUCCGGGAGAGGCACCACCUGUCCCGACACAUGACCUCGCACAACUAGCACGCCACUUCUCCAAAACAAGGGACCUAGGGAGGGGAGGGGUUCGGGGUGGGGGGGUGCGUGGGUAUUUUUUGGGGGGUCACCCCCCCCCCCCCCC